AUGGCGAGCGAGACGGGCAUCGCAGGCACCCUGAAGAAGGACACCGAGGUCCGGCUACCGCGGACGACGCGCGUGAAGGACAAGCAGCCGGCGGACAAGCAGAUCACCGCUGAGCAGAUCCUGCGCGAGGCCAAGGAGCUGCAGCUGGAGGAUGAGUUCAAGCCGCCGGUGCAGAUAAUCACGGACACCGCGGAGCUGGACGAGUACAGGCUGCGCAAGCGCAAGGAGUUCGAGGACCUGCUGCGGCGCGUGGGGCGGUUCAACAUGAACGUCUGGGUCAAAUACGCCCAGUGGGAGGAGUCGCAGAAGGAUUUUCGGAGAGCGAGGUCCGUAUGGGAGCGAACACUCCAGAUCAGCUACACAAACGUGUCCAUCUGGCUCAAGUAUGCAGAGAUGGAGAUGCGCAACCGGUUCAUCAACCACGCAAGGAAUGUGUGGGAUCGGGCUGUGACAUACUUACCCCGAGUGGACCAACUCUGGUACAAAUAUGUCCACAUGGAGGAGAUGCUGGGCAACGUGGCUGGGUCACGGGCGAUUUUCGAUCGAUGGAUGCGUUUUGAGCCCGACCAUCAAGGGUGGGCAGCGUACAUCAACUUUGAGCUUCGGUACAAUGAGGUUGCCAGGGCACGGGCGAUAUAUGAGCGGUAUGUUCAGGUGCUUCCCAGUGUGAAGGCAUGGGUGAGGUAUGCAAAGUUCGAAAUGAAGAAUGGCGAGAUAGCCCUCGCCAGGCAGACCUACGAGAGAGCAGUGGAGGCUUUGGGAGAGGAUGGUGAAACUGAAGAGCUGUUCAUGAAAUUUGCAGAGUUUGAAGAAAAGGUCAAGGAGACAGAGAGGUCGAGGGCCAUUUACAAGUACGCCCUCGACCACCUGCCCAAGUCCCAGGCCAGCCGGCUCUAUGAGCGCUAUCUGGCGUUCGAGAAGCAGCACGGCGAGAGGGAAGGCAUCGAGCAGGCGAUCCUCAGCAAACGUCGAUUCUACUAUGAAGAGCAGGUGCAAGCCAAUCCCCUGAACUACGACGCAUGGUUCGACUAUGCAAGGCUGGAGGGAUCUGCAGAGGAUGUGGAGCGUGUGCGGGAUGUCUACGAGAGGGCAAUUGCAAACAAGCCCCCUGCUAAUGAGAAAUGGUUCUGGAAACGAUACAUCUACUUGUGGAUUAACUAUGCAUUGUUCGAAGAGUUGGAUGUUGGGGACAUGGGGCGAGCCAGGGAUGUGUACUACAUGUGUCUCAAGGUCAUUCCACAUGAGCAGUUCACAUUUGCGAAGAUCUGGAUCUUGGCCGCUCAAUUUGAGAUUCGGCAGAAGCAGCUGGAUGCUGCUCGUAAAAUCCUGGGCAUGGCCAUCGGAAUGGCACCUAAGGAGAAGGUGUUCAAGACAUACAUCGAGAUAGAGCUCAUGCUUGGAAACAUCGACAGGUGCCGAACCCUGUACAAGAAAUAUCUGGAGUGGAACCCCGAAAACUGCAGUGCAUGGUGCCGAUACGCUGAGCUGGAGUGUGGCCUGGAGGAGGACGAACGCGCAAGGGCCAUAUAUGAGUUGGCCAUAUCCCAAGCUGUGCUGGACAUGCCUGAACUGCUGUGGAAGGCAUACAUUGAUUUCGAAAUUGAAAAAGGCAGCAGGGCCCGAACGCGAGUACUAUAUGAAAGGCUUCUGGACCGCACCAAGCACGUGAGGGUUUGGAUGUCAUACGCCCAGUUUGAGGCAUCCCCGUUGCCCAAUGCUGGGGACGACGAGGAUCUGGAACAGGCAGAUGAGGAGAGUGCCAAGUCCAGGGAGGAGCGUGCAGAGAAGGUGUACGAACGCGCAUUCCAGUGCCUGAGGGAGCUGCAGCCGGACGCAAAGGAGGAGGCAGUCUUGUUGCUGGAGGCAUGGAGGGCCUUUGAACAGGAGUCCGCCUCCAAAUCGGCUGAAGAAAAGGCCAAAUCGGUGGAGACUGUUGAGAAGAAGAUGCCCAAGAAGGUAAAGCGAAAGAGGUCAAUAGUCACUGAAGACCAACUGGAGGCUGGAUUCGAAGAAUACUACGACUACAUCUUUCCUGAAGAGGGGGGUCAUGCGCCCAACCUCAGGCUGUUGGAGAUGGCACGAAGAUGGAAGCAACAGAAGCAAACAAAAUGA